AUGGCAGAUGUGAAGUUACAUGGUUUCUGGCCUAGCCCUUUUAGUCACAGAGUUAUAUGGGCUCUUAAACUAAAGGGUGUGGAGUAUGAGUAUGUAGAAGAAGACCUCUCUAAUAAGAGUGAACUGCUAUUGAAGUAUAACCCAGUUUACAAGAAGAUCCCUGUCCUUGUCCAUGGUGGCAAGCCAAUCGCGGAGUCUCUUGUUAUCCUUGAAUACAUUGAAGAAACAUGGCCGUAG